AUGGCCGCCUCCCCCACCAGCUCCUCCUCCUCCGCCCCAACGCCUUCGCCGCGGCAGCUGCCGAGGCCACCGAAGGGGCCGUUGUGGGAAAAGUGCAACUGUAUCCUACAGAUGGAGGAGUCGCUCGCCGCGUCCAUCGACGAGCUCGAGUGCCUCCGCACCCCUCUUGCUACCACCCUCGUCGAGGAGUUAUCUUCCCGUCCCGCCCCCGCGCCAGCUGUCGCUGCUUCCUCCUCAUUCUCCAACAACUCGAAUUCAUCCAUCCAGGACCUCCUCUCGCUCGUCUACUUUGGCUCUCUCUUCGUCAUGAAGUCGCAGAGCGAGUUCAUCGCCACAUGUGACAAGGGCAAGCAGAGAGGCGAUGACGAGGAUAAUGAGGAGGAGGAUGCGAUUGGAGGUGAAGGGUUAAGGGCAAGCGAGAUGUUUAGGAAGGAGAUGGGCCUCAAAUGGAUGCUAAAGACAACAAGCAGCAGUAGGGCUAAGGGCAGUGAUGUUCAAAGUGCUGAUAACGAGAAGAAGGAUGAGGCUGCACAUGAGGAGGACAGAUCGAAAUCCUCUAACUUCAGCACAGUAGAAGUCAUGGAUAAAUAG